AUGGAAAGGGGGCUGUCGAAAUUUCAGCGCAUCUCAGAACAGGCUAAGAAAGAGGCUGCAGAAGACGUGUUUUCGCCUACAUGGAAACCACCCAAACUCGAUCGCAAUAACCCAGAAUAUGGCCGGCCUAAGCAUGGAACUCUUACCGAAAGAAGAGGCAUUGCUGCCGGUAAACGGGUGUCGGGGUUUCGCUAUGAAACUGCAGUUGACAGCAAGCUAGUAUUGCAGCAGCACUACCUGAGGAUCUAG